UUAUUUUCUAUUGAGGCUGCCCCACCAACGAAAAGGGUUGGUGCGCCUACGCUACGCAACCAACUUGAAAACAAACGGAAAAUCUUUUCUUUUGUUGUUAGUUCGGGAAUCAAAUUCAGAUCCAAAACCAAAAAGAUAGUAGUUGUUGUUGUUGUUGUACAAGUUAAAUGGAAUCGGGUCAGUGGUUGAUGGAGAAACGGUCGAGUUUCAGGAGCGAUUCGUUUGCUAGAGAGUACGAUACAGUCCCCGAAACCGGGUGUCUCUCCAUUAUUGUUCUUGGUGCCUCUGGUGAUCUAGCCAAGAAGAAGACUUUUCCUGCACUCUUCAAUCUCUACCGACAGGGAUUUCUACAGCCCAAUGAAGUUCACAUUUUUGGCUAUGCAAGGACUAAGAUUUCAGAUGAUGAGCUCAGAAAUCGCAUUCGAGGAUAUCUUAUUGCUGACAAAAGUUCUCCAAAUAGCCACUCGGAAGAUCUAUCAAAGUUCUUGCAACUGAUUAAAUAUGUAAGUGGUUCUUAUGAUGCUGAGGAAGGGUUUCAGCUAUUGAAUGAGGAAAUUUCAGAGCAUGAAUUCUCCAAAAACACAAAGGAAGGCUCAUCUCGGAGACUCUUUUAUCUUGCACUGCCGCCAUCAGUAUAUCCAUCUGUUUGCAAGAUGAUUGAACAAUGUUGCAUGAAUAAAUCUGAUCUUGGUGGAUGGACUCGAAUUGUUGUCGAGAAGCCUUUUGGGAAGGAUUUGAAGUCGGCGGAGCAACUCAGUUCUCAGAUUGGAGAAUUGUUUGAUGAACCACAAAUUUACCGUAUUGAUCACUACUUGGGAAAGGAAUUGGUGCAGAACUUGUUGGUUCUUCGUUUUGCCAAUCGCUUCUUCUUACCCCUUUGGAAUCGUGACAACAUCGACAAUGUACAGAUUGUCUUCAGGGAGGAUUUUGGAACCGAAGGUCGUGGUGGAUACUUUGAUGAAUAUGGAAUUAUUCGUGAUAUCAUUCAGAAUCAUCUAAUGCAGGUUCUUUGUCUCGUUGCCAUGGAAAAACCCAUCUCUCUGAAACCUGAGCACAUACGGGAUGAAAAAGUGAAGGUUCUUCAAUCAGUACUCCCAAUUAAUGAUGAAGAGGUUGUUCUUGGACAAUAUGAAGGCUAUAAGGAUGAUCCAACUGUUCCUGACAACUCGAAUACCCCAACAUUUGCAACUGUUAUUCUGCGAAUACAUAAUGAAAGAUGGGAAGGUGUCCCUUUCAUACUUAAGGCGGGAAAAGCACUAAAUUCCAGAAAGGCUGAGAUACGUGUUCAAUUUAAGGAUGUUCCUGGCGACAUAUUCAAAUGUAAGAAGCAAGGGAGAAAUGAGUUUGUAAUACGUCUACAACCUUCAGAAGCAAUGUAUAUGAAGCUUACGGUGAAGCAGCCUGGAUUGGAGAUGCACACUGCACAAAGUGAACUAGACUUGUCAUAUAGGCAACGUUAUCAAGGCGUUACUAUCCCAGAGGCUUAUGAACGUCUUAUCCUUGACACAAUAAGAGGCGAUCAGCAACAUUUUGUUCGCAGAGAUGAAUUGAAGGCGGCCUGGGAGAUUUUCACACCACUUCUGCACAAAAUUGACAAUGGUGAGAUGAAGUCCACUACAUACCAACCCGGCAGUCGAGGUCCUGUGGAAGCUGAUGAACUCUUGGCAAAUGCUGGUUAUGUCCAAACACAUGGCUAUAUAUGGAUUCCUCCAACCUUGUAGAAAUGUAGCACGCCAGUGUUGUGCAAAUAAUGUUCCGUCGGUUAUCAUAAAAGUCGGGGUUUGGAGAACCCUUGCAACAGGUCUGUUGUCUAUAAUUAUAUGGUAACCACCUGUCUCCGUUUGUAUCAAAGAUCAACCUCAUACUAUUUUUAAGUCUUGCUAUUGACUAUGUUUGAUAGAGCGGUUGUUGGAUUGAUUUUCAACACUAGUUAAAAGUUGUGAAAAAAAGUUGUAAUAAAAUUCCUGUAAUAAGUUGAGGUGUUUGGCGAAUUAAAAGUUUAGGCUAGCUUAUAAGCUGUUUAAUAAAAGUAUUAUCUUAAACUUUA